UCCGGCAGUCAGCUGUGCGAAGUGGCAUGUCGUGCCGCGCUCGUCGUGGGAAGUGCCCUAAAUUAGUCGCCUCUCUAUUGAAUCUCUGCAAAAUUUUAGUCUUGUGUUCUCUAUGGAGAGCAAUGACCUACAUUUUCCUGCCAAAUCUCAUUGCAAUUUUACAGUUCAUUGAUUAUCUCAUCAUAAUUGCAUUUGAAUAUGAAUGCAUUUAAUCAAUUUAUUUUCUAUUGUUUUUGUUGCCUAACAUAUCUAUUCUAAUUGUUUAUUCCUGUCUUCAUAAAUCAGUAUUUUUCAUUUACUAUUCUAUCAGGUCGAGAUGCGCGCCGUGAAGGCCAUGGCUACACUUAUUCAAGAGAAUGGCACCCAUGGAGUGGUAACUAACCAUGGCAUAUCACACAGUGUCCCCAGCCACAUGGUGCCUGACCAUGAAUAUUGUGAGCCGGGCAACCAGCCCGAGCUACAACCAUCAGAGGCCAUGGAGACAGUGGGGGAAGUAUCUGCCAGGACUGAAGUAGAAGAAGAAGAUACACCGGAAAUAGACAUCAUGAUAAACAAUGUCGUGUGUAGUUUUAGUGUUAAGUGUCACUUAAAUUUGAGACAGAUUGCUUUGAAUGGUGUUAAUGUUGAAUUUCGACGGGAGAACGGAAUGGUUACCAUGAAGUUGCGACGUCCAUACACGACUGCGUCGAUUUGGUCGUCAGGGCGGGUGACAUGCACGGGCGCAACCAGCGAGGAUCAGGCGAAAGUAGCGGCUCGUCGCUACGCCCGCGCUCUGCAGAAGCUAGGAUUUCAAGUUCGCUUCCGCAACUUCCGUGUAGUAAAUGUACUAGGAACCUGCCGGAUGCCUUUUGGUAUUCGAAUUAUAGCAUUCUCCAAAAGAUAUAAGGAAGCAGACUAUGAACCUGAGCUUCAUCCUGGCGUUACAUAUAAGCUGUACAACCCUAAGGCCACUCUGAAGAUUUUCUCCACUGGCGGUGUCACAAUCACAGCCCGGAGCGUGAACGAUGUCCAAUCGGCGGUGGAGCGCAUCUACCCGCUGGUGUACGAGUUCCGCAAGCCUCGCACGCCUGCCGACGAGGAGGCGCUGGGGCGACGCCGCGCGGCCGCCGCCGCCGCCGCUGCGCCCGCGCCGCCGCCGCCGCCCGCACCGCGCGACGAGUUGCGCCUUGUCACAAUGUCCGAUUCCGAUGACAAUGACACCUGGGAAUGACGGCACCGACCGCCCCAAGCCCGCCCGCCGCGUCCUGCCCACUCCGGCGCCACCUACCGCUAACCUCGCACACGGGCUUGGCCGUGCGAGAUGCGUCGCCAGGGCGGCGGCACACCACAUUCGACGACCGGGCCCGCCGAUCCUUCGUUCAGGUCUCGGGCCUGAGAGCCGUUUCGGUGUAAAGCAAUAACUAUCGAUUAAGUGCGAUCGUGUGUG